GACAAUGAACCAUCUAAGAUUAUUGUUCUAUAUAAUUUUAUCAUUAUAUUUUAAUUGUUUCAUACAAUCUACAAUGACUUAUACAAUUCAACAAUCAUCUAUGAAUCAUAUUGAUUUAAAAGUGAAAGAAGCUGAAGAAGAACAAAACAAUCUAUGGAAGAAUAAAGUUCAGCAUGAUAAUGAAUCACAAUCAUUGAUGAUAAGUCCAGUAAGAUUUGGUGUUUGGAAAAAAUCCAAACGUAAUGGUAAACAUAAACGUAACAAACAUCGUCGAAAACUUAACCGUCAUAAGAAAAUUUUACAUUAUCUAUAAAAUCAUGUGUACUAGAUGAAAUUUAUUUUGAACUUAAAUGUUAUUUACUACUUAAAUAAAGUUUCAUUUUUAUACAUUGAAUAAUCACGAUACUACUUGUAAGUUUGAAUAUAUAUAUGUAUAUGGUAAAUGAGAAUGUCACAUGUAUGUUUGCUCUACUAUUCCCUAUGUUGAACUAUUAUUGAUAAAAAGUUUGGCUAUUGUACUUUAUUAUACUUACUUACUAUCCGUACAUCUAUCCUCCUCCUCCACCUCCUCCUCCUCCUCCUCCUCUACUCCUACUACUACUACUACUACUACUACUACUACUACUACCACUACACACUACUACUACACUACUACUACUACUACUACUACUACUACUACUACCACCACCACUACUACCACUACUACUACUACUACUACUACUACUACUACUGCUACUACUACUACUACUACCACUACUACUACUACUACUACUACUACUACUACUACUACCACCACUACUACUACUACUACUACUACUACUACUACUGCUACUUCUACCACUACUACUACUACUACUACUACUACUGCUACUACUACUAAUACCACUACUACUACUGCUACUACUACUACUACUACUACUACUACUACUACUACUACUACUAUCAAUUUAUGUUUCUACAUAUUAUGUUCAGUGACGUAAUCUAUUAUAGUUGAGAUGAUAGACUCAAGUUGCCUUGAUUGAUUUAACAUUAUCAUAUAAAUAUUUAAAAAAUCAUUUCAUUUGAAACUUCAACUUAGUAACUAUCAUUUUAUGUUACUUAAAUGUUUCACUUUUAAUUAUACGAUCAUUAUAAACUGAGUUUAUUAAAUUAAGAUUUAUGGGGGUUAUCUUUGUGAGAGUGAUUUGUUUAAAUAAACAUUCAUAAUUUA